AAAUUGAAGUGACGUCAGCAGACUACUAGUCUUAUAAAUUUACUUCACAACAGCUCGUCAGUCAGUCGGACAACAACCAGCAGAAAGGGAUUUAAUCAACAACCAGCUCUGUUGCGUCACUUUUGAGUCGUUACCUUUUUUUGUGUGUGUGUGUGUGUGUGCGCGUGCGCCUGCGCGUCGAGUUCCUCUCCCUCAAACAGGUUCGACCACCGGGACACACCUGCGAGGAAGAAAAAAAAAAAAGAAAAAAAGACUUGUUUUCCCCUCGAACGCCAUUCUUUACUCUCUCUCUGACCUCUGCGGAAGACGGAGGGAUAGAACAGCCAUUUGUUUGACAUCAAUAAGUCGGUUUUUUUUUUGUGGUUUUGAUUUAAUCAUGAUCAUGUGGAUUGCUCUCGUCGUCGUCGCUUUCGCUGCGAAAGCCGCGGCUGUCCCCUGUGCUUGUGAAACCUUGAAGUGGGCCACCUGUGAAGAGCCAUGCGACUGCACCGUUUUUGUCGGUGUCAACAUGAAACAAAAGCUGGACUGCAAAGCCUUGAUCCCCAAGUGCUACUUGAUGAAGGCCGAGAUGCACCAACUUAAAACAGGCGGGGAUGGGCGCUUGAUCGGUGGAAAGCCGGUUGAGUCGGCCUUCGUGGACAACGAUGGCAUCUACGACCCGGUGUGCGAGAACGACGGCACGUUCAAGGCCAAGCAGUGCAACAACACGGCGGAGUGCUGGUGCGUCAACAGUGCUGGCGUCCGUCGUACCGACAAGGGAGACGAGAACCUCAAGUGUGAGAAGCUGGUUGAGACCAACUGGGUCCGUCUUCAGCUGACACACAAACCACUGAAAACUCCACUGAAAACCCAAAAUCUGAAAGCUGCCCUUUCCGAAGCCAUGAACAAACGUUACGGCAACUUUAACAAGGACUUGGUGAAGGAUGUCCAGUACGACGCUGAUUCCCGCAUGAUCGUGGUGGAUGUGAAGAAGCCAAAGGGAGACCGCCAGAAUGACCUGACCAAUAUGGCCUACUAUAUGGAGAAAGAUGUGAAGGUGCUGCCCCUGUUCAAGAACAGCGCCAAGUUUGAGCCCGCUGUGGACGGCCAGAAUCUGGAGAUGGACAACAUCUUGGUGUACUACGUGGAUGAGGAGCCCCCGACUUUCACCAUGAAGCACCUGUCGGGCGGCAUCAUCGCCGUCAUCGUGGUGGUGGUGCUGGCCGUGGUUGCCGGCCUGCUGGUCCUGUUCUUUGCCCGAAGGCGUCAGAAUCAGAAAUACAACAAAGCCCAGCAAAGAGAAUUGGACCCGAUGUAAAGUCUUCCUUGCCGCGGGACUCUACAAAGUGUCACUUUUUGGAAGAACGUUCUUUGUGUGGCUUUUUUUUUUUAACCAACUUACUUGAGGAAUACAGAUUGUAACAAUCAAUGUGCUUUUUUUUUUCUUCAUGUUGCCAUAGCUGGUACCGCCAUUUAUUUAUAAAUCGUGUAAAAUCUUAAUGCAUCGUCCAUCCAUAUACCAUAAUGACCAAUGACCUGGGCUUUUUUUUUUUAAGCGUGCCUGGCACAUGCUGCAUUUUAAUGUUGGAACACGUCGAGUGGCCUAAAAUCCGUGUUGUAGAUUGUACAGUUUCCUACCUACUGUGUGUGUCUGAAUGUUUUUUAAUAAAAUCUUUAAAGACAC